UAUCACUUAUCUCGUUCUCCGUGUCACUAUAUACAGUCUUUCGGCCUCACGGACUUGUCGCAUUUGCACCUCUGGAACUUUACGCAGGUCAGAGGAAGUGUUCGAGACUCCGACGUCGAUAAUGGUGGAACCAACCGGCGUGUCCGUUUCGGAAACGCCCGAACCCAUGGACAUGGAUGAACCGCAACCCUCGCCUGGAGUGAUAGCGAACGCCGUUCGCGGUAGGAACGUCGCUAGAAGAGGGCGCAAUAGGCCACAAACAAGCAACGAUGACCGUACACCAUUUAACGUUGGUAUGACGUUCAACGGAUUUGCUAGACAUCUCGAGCCAGACGCUGUCACGGGACAUUUGGUCGAAAAUGGUACUAUAUUAUAUCAGGUCAGGUGGUCCGAGAACAGUGCAUCUAGACCGAUCGAGUCAAGCCUCAUGCGAAGUUACAGGCCACUCAUGCUUCUCGACUUUUAUGAAGAGAUGAUAAAAAAUAAUGGACACUAAAAAUGCCUGUGACAAAUGACUCGGUUCACGAACAUGAUUAUGAGUGCCAAUUCUGUAUCUUUGUAAACCAUAUUGUAUUAAUAAUGUUAUAUAUGUUAAGUGUUCUAACUAUAGAUAAUUUAAAAUAUAUUGACUUGUAUUUAUUCAUGAUUUAA